AUGGGCGCUGCCAGGGUUUUAUCAAGCAGGUGGAAGUGGCUAUCAGGAGCUGGUGUACUCCUAAGCAGUGGGUGUUCCGCCGCCUUUGUGUUUACCAAUAAUGGACUGCCAGUAAAUUGUGAUUCAGGACGCAACAUCGGAUCUUGGACGAACCAAGUUGGCGCCCGUUCGUCAUCCUCAAAUCGCAAUGGGGACUCAACGCCCGAAGAUGAUUCGCAUGGGGGCCGUCCGCCAACGGAGAAAAUCUCGGAAGAAGAACUAUCAGCGUGGAAGAAACUGACCCACAAACUCGGGAUUGCGAAAGAUUCUUCCGGUUCUGCAGAGUGGACGGAACAUCUAAAAAGCUAUAUCGUACCGACAUGGACCGCACUGCUUCCGGACAAACUGCAAAAUCUUCAACGCGAACUAUCUAUGGCCCCAGGGUCCUUGGCCGAUGAAAUCUGGGCAGAAGCGCAAGACGCAAGUAUAAACCCGGAGAUAACAAGCCGGGCCGCGGUACGGAUUAGCGAUGGGAUAUGUCGGGAAGAGCGGUAUUUUCAGUGGCGACGGCGACGGAUGAUAGCAAAAAAGCUGGCUGAAUACCUUGACCUUAAAGAGGAUGUCCAUCCAGAUGACGUACCGGUUAUUGCCAUGUGCGCAUCUGGUGGUGGCCUGCGUGCACUCGUUGCAGGCACUGGCUCGUACCUUGCUGCAAAGGAAGCUGGACUAUGGGACUGCGCCAUGUACACUGCCGGUGUCAGCGGAUCUUGUUGGCUACAGGCGAUAUAUCACUCGUCUCUUGCGAAACAAGAUUUUGGUGUCAUGGUCAAACAUCUCAGAAGUAGGCUUGGUGUCCACGUCGCUUUUCCGCCCACCGCCUUGAAUCUACUCACAACAACCCCAACAAAUAAAUAUCUGCUUAGGAGUCUUGUGGAAAAAAUGAAAGGUGAUCCUAACGCAGAUUUUGGCCUGGUCGAUAUAUAUGGGCUUCUACUGGCUUCGAGACUGCUUGUUCCUUCCGAAGGCGACAUUCAUCUCCUAGAUCGGGAUCUUAAAUUAUCAAACCAACGGCUGCAUAUCGACUCGGGCGCUCACCCCUUGCCUAUAUACACCGCCGUCCGGCAUGAAAUACCCAAAAUUUCGGUAUCUAAGGGUUCCGGAGAUGCAAGCGAAUUGGAAGAAAUACGAAAAAAAGCAAAGCAGGAAAGCUGGUUUCAAUGGUUUGAAUUCACGCCACAUGAGUUGUUCUGCGAAGAGUUUGGAGCUGGAAUCCCGAUUUGGGCACUUGGUCGACACUUUAAAGACGGUAAAGAUGUUCCACCACAACAAGGGUUUCCAACACCCGAGUUGCGGAUUCCUGCUUUAAUGGGAGUGUGGGGUAGCGCUUUCUGUGCGACUCUGGCUCACUACUAUAAAGAAAUACGUCCAGCAUUGGCGGGCAUAACGGAGUUCACUGGAAUUGCCUCGUUGAUUGAGGAAAGAAAUGAGGACCUUGCUCGGGUACAUCCGAUUGAUCCAGCCACGGUGCCGAAUUUUGUGCUUAGGUUAGAAGGCAGAUUACCGCGGUCUUGCCCGGAAUCCAUUUUCAAAGAUUCCCAUCUUCGCCUAAUGGAUGCGGGAAUGAGCAACAAUUUGCCUAUUUAUCCAUUACUACGAGCGGACCGGGACGUUGAUCUGAUUAUCGCGUUUGAUGUUUCGGCCGACAUCCGUGAGGAUAACUGGCUUUCCGAGGUUGAUGGCUAUGCCCGCCAACGUGGCAUAAAAGGUUGGCCCAUGGGGACAGGGUGGCCCAAAAGCGGGAUCCAACCAGAAGAAACAGCCUCCAUACUUCAAGUUGCAGAAGAAAGCCAUGAAAAGGCCCAGCAAGCGGAUGCGGAUGCAGAUCGAAUUCCAAAGUUCCCGACCCAUUUUGAACCAAGCACCUCUGACCUCACCUAUUGCAAUAUUUGGGUUGGCUCCACGGAGGAAAGAACAUCGACGGCUGAGCCACCUCCGUCAAAGAGGCUGACGUUUAUGGACACAGGCGAGCGCGAUUCCAAUUUUCACCUUAUGAGACCCGAUGCAGGUAUCGCAGUCGCCUAUUUUCCAUUGCUCCCGAAUCCUGCAGCUGCUCCUCUUGUUUCUGACAGCGAGAAGCGCGGUUCCACCACGGAAGACACAAAAGCCGGUGCCUCAGCAGCCACGGUUCGUGGCGCUAGGGAAACUGGCAAUGGCACUCCAAUAGACCCCAAUAGCGACGACUUCUUGAGCACGUGGAAUUUUGUAUAUACCCCGGAGCAAGUUGACGCUGUGGUUGCGCUUGCAAAAGCGAAUUUUGCUGAGGGUGAGGACCAGGUGAAAAGAGUGGUUCGAGGAAUAUAUGAGCGGAAGAAGAAGGCCAGGUUGGACAGACAGCGCGAAGAAGACCUACAGGGGCUGAGUCAAUUCUCGUAG